UAUCUCAAUAAACACUUAGCUGCUGCUGUUAGUGAUGACAAAGCUACUGAAGUUGUUCCUCCGACGACAGGUAUCGCUGUCCCCGUUAAGGCAGAAAAGGCCCCAGGAAAUGUAGGAAAGCCAUUGAAACGAAACGUUAAGGCUACUGUACUCACAUUUCGUGCUAUUGUUGAUCGCCCACAUGUAGCUCGAGUACAACUUUUGUUAUGUAAUAUAUCUGACCGAGCACUUUACUUUAAAUUGAAAAGUAACGUUGGCAGCAACGUGUCUGCAUUGCCUGCUGGUAAUGCGGAAAUCCCGCCGCAUUCUCAAGUACGACUAAUUUUAACAUGGACAAGACCUCCAGCAUUUGAACAUUGGAGAGAUGUCCCACCUCCAAAGUUACUAAUUGUUACUCGAUUUCUGGAUUCAACUUCAACUAGUGAAUCCGAUGCAUCUCAAACAGCGAUUCGAUUAAUUGCUCGCGUGAGUUCAUCCAAGACAUGCUUUGCUUCGAAUCCGCCCAUUGAACAGUUGCUGUUAGAUGCCGCGGGCAAGACAGAAAAUAUGGAAGUGUCCACUGUAAUGCCCGAGGGUACACCUCGUACUCCAAUCAGAAGUGAAGACCAAGUCAGCCAUGGUGUACAGACUGGAAAAGAUGUGGCUGAUUUCCUCAAUGCUAUCGAUGAUAGAGGAUUGCUCAUCCUUAUUCUAAUUUUACUUGCUGCUACGUACAUUCAUCUCCACGAGGAGCUUCCUCUGGAGAAAUCUGCCCUUGAGUUCAUGAUGUCGUCGUUCCCGGAGGUGAAAGAAAAGGAAGACAUGCGAAAGAUCGUUGGUCGUUAUGGCAUUACAGGCCGAGAGCAAGUUUGUCCAAUGAAACAGUUGUCGGACGGGCAACGGUGUCGUGUUUCGUUUGCAUGGCUGGCUUGGCAACAGCCUCAUCUUCUCUUGCUUGAUGAACCGACGAAUCAUCUUGAUAUGGAGUCUAUAGACGCCCUAGCUGAGGCUAUUAAUUGUUUCCCCGGUGGAAUGAUUUUGGUUUCCCAUGACUUCCGUCUUGUUAGUCAGGUUGCGGAAGAGGUUUGGGUCUGCGACAAUCAGACUAUCAAGAAGUGGGAAGGUGAUAUUUUCUCAUUCAAAGAGCAUCUCCGACGUGAAAUUGACCGCGAUGCACGAGCUCGAGAAAAAGGACUCACGAAAGAACGUUAA